GCCAAUGUUAUAUUGUUAUCUACCUAGUUUUGUACUGAGAACUGAGUGUGAUAGAUACUUGUUUAAAAUGUCAAUAACUAUCCAAUAAUAUUUAGUUUUUUAAAAAAAAAAUUUUUGUAUCCUUCAACUCGUAAUUGUGCGUAAUAUUUAUUUUAUUUUUGGACAGUUUAUGAUAUCGUUUUUUCAUAUUUACAUUUAUCUUAUUAAUUUUAGCUUGCCUUUCAGUCACCAUCACUAAUUAUAACAAUCAAAUGUUUUUUUUUCAGUGUUUGUGCGAAAUUAUUGUAGUAAAUAGUAAUUAAAGAUUAACCGUUGAUUGUAGGGCAGAACAAAAACACGUAAUUUGUUUUAAUAAAUUAAAUUGUUGUAUUUAUGAUUGUUUGUAAAUUAACAUAAAAUCAUUUUUUAAUAACACAAAAAUGGGACAAAUACACACUGUUGGACCAAAUAAAGCUCUAAUUGUUUCUGGUGGGUUUUGUGGAUCAACCAGGAGAACAACUGUUGUUGGUGGUUGGGCAUGGGCUUGGUGGCUUAUUACUGAUGUUCAAUAUCUAUCUCUUGAGGUCAUGACUUUGAAUCCCAUGUGCGAUACUGUUGAAACUGUUCAUGGAGUUCCACUAACUGUAACUGGAGUAGCUCAGUGUAAAAUAAUGAAAGCUGAUGAACUCCUGCAAACAGCAUCUGAACAAUUCCUUGGUCGAACUACCCAAGAAAUUAAGCAAACUGUGCUUCAAACUCUAGAAGGUCAUUUAAGAGCUAUUUUGGGUACUUUAACAGUUGAAGAAGUGUAUAAAGAUAGAGAUCAAUUUGCAUCUCUUGUAAGAGAAGUAGCUGCACCUGAUGUUGGUCGUAUGGGAAUUGAGAUAUUAUCAUUCACUAUAAAAGAUGUGUUUGAUGAUGUUCAAUAUUUAACUUCACUUGGAAAAUCACAAACUGCAGCAGUGAAAAGAGAUGCAGACAUUGGAGUUGCACUUGCUAACCGCGAUGCAGGUAUUAGAGAAGCUGAAUGUGAAAAGUUGGCAAUGGAUGUAAAAUAUGGAACAGACACAAAGAUUGAAGAUAACUCAAGAAUGUUUAAGCUUCAAAAAGCUAAAUAUGAUAUGGAAGUUAACACAGCAAAAGCUGAAGCAGAGUUAGCAUAUGAAUUACAAGCAGCCAAAAUAAGACAAAAAAUCAGAAAUGAAGAAAUACAAAUUGAAGUAGUUGAGCGAAAGAAACAAAUUGAAAUUGAAGUGCAGGAAGUUGAACGUAGAGAAAGAGAAUUGAAUUCUACUGUUAGGCUGCCUGCUGAAGCUGAAAGUUAUCGUGUUCAAGCAAUUGCUGAGGGAAAGAGAACUCAAACAGUUGAAGUCGCAACAGCAGAAGGCGAACGAAUUAAGAAAAUUGGGCUUGCUGAAGCAUCAGCAAUAGAAGCCGUUGGUAGGGCUGAGGCUCAAGGGAUGAUGUUGAAAGCACAAGUAUUUAAACAAUAUGAAGAAGCCGCCGUUAUGUCUUUAAUUAUGGAUGCAUUGCCAAAAAUUGCUGCUGAAAUAGUCUCACCUUUGUCUAAGACUGAGGAAAUUGUAUUAUUAAGUGGAAAUAAUAAUGUAACGGCAGAAGUUAACAGAUUAGUUGGACAAUUACCUCCAGCUGUUCAAGCUUUAACUGGUGUUGAUUUAACUAAAGUCUUAUCAAAAAUCCCUGGGGUAAAAUAGAAUUUUUACAUAGAAUUGUUGUUUACAAUUUCUAUUAAAUUAUUUUCAUUUUAAAUUUAUUGUAACAUGAUCAAAAACUUUUAUAAUCUUGUCUUUGUAUAAGCUUCUAAUUCCUUUAUUUUGGUUUCAAAUUUCGUUAUUAUUUAUGCCAUUUUAUGGAUAACCAUAAUAGUGAAAUAUUUAGUCAUUGUAUGUUACCCAUUAUAUUUAUUUUAAUUUAAUUUUGCUUGAUCGAAUACAUUUUACUAUAUUUAUUAUUAUUCUCUAGCACUUAAUUACCUUAAUAACCUUAAUAACCUUUUACUUUUUCAACUUUCAACAAAUGUAAUUGAAUUAUCUAUAAAUGUGUUUAUUAUAUAUUUUUAAUAUGUGUAUGUGUAUUUGUAUUAACAUUGAAGUUAGGAAUUAUUGAUAGACAUUCCUAUUGAAUAAUUCUAACUGUUAUGUUUGCUCAGCUAUGUGCCGUGUUGAUUAAUAUGUAUUGCACGGGGCUGUGAAUUGUUACCAAUUCCUUUUAUUUUAUUUAUACAUGUUUUUUUUUUUUUUUUUUGACAUUUAAGUAUAAAUAAAACAGUCCUUAACAAAUUAUGUCAUUAUAAAACAAUUUCACCCUUCCCAUUACAUUAACACAGCACUAGCUUAGUAUAAUUUUGAAUGUAUUAUCAAGUUAAAUAAAACAUAUUUUUUAUAAAAAUUUUCCAAAUUUAUACUGUGGUAUGUAAAAUAACAACAACUUUAUCCUACAAAUAAAGUUAUGAAGUUUAAAAAAUA